CUUGUGUACAGUUCACUGCCCUUUUGGCCUCGAAUACCAUUACUGACUGCUCAAUUAACAAUUAACUAUGUGUGGCGCGCGGUUUUUAUGCUUCAAGCAACACUUGUAACAAGAUCGUCCAAUAUCACCAACACGUAAACUUGGACCGUUAAGUCUUUUCCGAGAGGACAAAUUAGCUCAUUUUGGAGAACAGUGCAUUCAAAGAGGGAUUAGUUUGUCCAAAAGGAAAUGAAUGUACUCGAUCAAAAGUUCCCAAAGGAAUGGAAUUGCAAUGUGUCGAUGUUCGACGAAAGAGAGACAAAUUUCAUGUAAUGGGAAAAGAAAUGGCAAGUAUUCUCCACAUUUCACCAUCUCAGGAAAAAGACUGGCUGUUUGAAAGCAAUUGCAUGUCAGCUUCACUUGAAAUGCGACUGAAUUAAACUGGCCAAAAUGCUUGCUUUGAUUUCCUUAUUCAAAUGAAUGCCUUUCAAUUGUUCUAUGAUUAAAUCCGGCGGGAUAUGGACUUUUGUCAUAUUGGAAGCGCGACCUACUUGUGUCUGUGCAAAUAAAAGCUUGUUAGUCGGUAUAAAAAUACAGGGUGAUGACCGAAAGCGUCGCUUUCACUCAGGAGUUUUUAAUAUUUAAACCAGUGUCGUAAUUCACUGGCUCACCCCGAAGAAGGUGACCCUUGCUGACUGGUGUGUGCUAUUAUCAGUAAGAUAACACAUUUUUUCUUGUUUACGAGUGCACGAGUGGCUGACUUUCGGCUCCCGGUGCGGAGCGGGCGGUGAGUAAUAAGCGAGCAUCUCUGUACUUUUUAAUGAUCUGUAGGAUCAACCACGACGUGUCUUUGCUCAUGAAAACAGCGAAAUGCACAAUGUCCGUUUCAAUCUGGGCACAGGUAUUUCAUUUCUGGAGCAUCGACGUCUGUCUUCAGAAACCUGUUGCUUGCAUUGAAUUAAUUACAACUUGUUGUAUUCAUUGCGUACCCUCUCGUUUUGUUUAUACAGGAGAAAUGGGAGCAAAUUUAAGUACACAUGGCGCAAUCACAUUGCGACUGAAGAGGGAAAGGGCGGACAACCUACCUAAAGCGGCCGCUGAACCUUCAAGAUCAAGGAGCAUCGACAAUGAACAAGACAGUUCUGACCGAGAUAGCGGCGUCCAAAAUUUCUCCAGUCACCGAAAAGGGCGCUCGCCUUCCAAACACCGUCGAAUCGUUCUAAACGUGUCCGGAUUCCGAUACAUGACUUAUUUGAGGACAUUAGAAAGAUUCCCGUCGACUCUCCUAGGAAACAAAGAAAAGCGAGAUCAAUUCUACGACGAAAUUCGCGAUGAGUAUUUCUUUGAUCGCAAUAUCCAGGUAUUUGAACUUAUUCUGUACUUCUAUCAAUCAAACGGCCGAUUGGUCUGUCCGCCAGAACUCGCCCCAGAAAUAUUGCUUGAGGAGGUGGAAUUCUUUGAACUCGGACAACAAGCCAUUAACGCGGUGAAAGACAUCUUGAAUGAAGACGAACCGCCUGAGAGGGAGAUAAUUUUGCCGAAAAAUAGAGCGCAGAAGUUUAUUUGGAGACUGUUCGAAUGUCCUGAUUCGAGCAAGGCAGCACGCGUGUUGGCGCUUCUGUCUGUUUCAGUGAUCGUGGCAUCCAUUGUCGUUUUAUGUAUAGAAACGCUCCCCGAAUUUACAGUUUUGCCCGGGGAUAACAUUCCGGCAAACGAUACGGCGAAGCAGCAAGAGCUUCGCGAGCACAAUGAUUAUGCUCAUUCGGUGAAAGCCGUGUUUGGUUUGCUAGAGAUAGCAUUCAUCAGCUGGUUUACAUUUGAGUAUUUGGUUCGAUUAAUUGCUAGUCCUCAAAAAUGGCUGUUUGUUCGUUCUUUUCUAAACGUUAUUGAUUUGUUAGCGAUAUUGCCUUUUUAUGUCGAGCUAGCCCUCAAGAGCAGCGGCGACAGCCAGAAUUUUUCGCUGGCUUUUCUUCGAAUUUUGAGACUUGUGCGUGUAUUCCGAAUUUUUAAACUCUCGCGUCACUCUAGUGGGCUUCAAAUUCUCGGAUUAACUUUGAAAAAGAGUCUCCGAGAACUGGGUCUUCUUAUAUUUUUUCUGAUAAUCGGCAUUGUCAUUUUCUCCAGCAUGGUUUAUUAUGCCGAAAAUGGCGAGGAAGACACUUUCUUCACAAGUAUCCCGGAUGCUUUCUGGUGGGCUUUAGUGACUAUGACAACCGUCGGCUAUGGAGAUAUGUAUCCCAAGACACUUUGGGGUAAACUUGUUGGCUCGGGCUGUGCACUUUGUGGUGUUUUAGCGAUUGCCCUGCCUGUGCCUGUUAUUGUGUCGAAUUUCGACACGAUUUACAAGAAGUACCGAAGUCGGAAACUGAAACAGCAAGGGACAGACGGGGAGAGCGAUAGAGAUAGAAAAGUAAGCUUACUUUUUGGUUCUCGAAAAAGUUCCGAAUUAGAUAACCCUAUCGAUUCACCGGACUCUCCUGGCAUGGAACUCAAAGAACUUUCUAAAGGAGAUCUAACUGAAGACAAAAGAAAUGGGAAUGUCGUUCAGCAAGAAGAGGGAGAAGAAGCCACAGAAGGUGUCCCCGAGAAAGCAGGCCUGACGAAUAGACAAAAGAGAAAGUCGCAAGAUAAAAAUCUCAAUGUUGACUGUGCGAACCCAUCUGAGAUAGUAUCUCUCCUUGAAGAGGAGGAAUCAUCUUUCGCGAAACUUAAUCAGACCAAUGUUUGAAAGAAAUCGAGUAAUGGGGCUUGGUUUAUCCAACCUCGCUCCCAGGGUUCUCUCCUACCCGUCGUUACGGAGCGAUGUAGGAGAGAGAACCUGGGAACGAGGUUUUCGUCACCGGGUAAAAGUAAAUCUUUGGCACUCCCACCCAAAAUUUAAGGCCUAAGUCAUACCAGAUUUGCAUCGCCGCCGAAAAGGAACUAUUUUGAGGUUGGGUACCCAAAAACGCUAUGAGCGCCGUGAACAUGAGAAUAGGUUACUCUCGGGUCCACCUCACGGGUUUACAGUUGCCAAAUUUCUGACUUGAUUGCUUUACGUGUAAACCGGUCAAGGAUAUUAGCCUCUCAUUUUGGAACGGUGGUUUUGUGGCCGAGGCUGGAAACUUGGAUAGGAAAGUAGCUCUCUUUUCUUCCUUUCCUUCUAUAAAUUAAGCGAAGUUUUUGUAGAAGAUAUUUUUUUACAAUAUUUCUUCACUCAAUCGAGAAUUUAUAAGCUAAGUUAUCAUGAAUUAAAGGUUAAUUGGUAGGGGAAGAUCAGCAGUUUGAUGGGGUGAAUUUCUUUACGAUGUUGAAAUUUCUUACGGUUAUUUAUUUAAUGAAUUUAUUGUGCACAUAGGUGUGUAGCGAAGAGGCAAGUUUAUAAUUUUUUCCGAUUUUUUUUCAGUCUAUAGACAAAUUGUAUGUAGAUGUUUUGGCACGUAGAUGUAGUUAAGGGAACUGUUUCAAUUCAAACUUACUAGCGCUUCGGUAAACUGAAUCUGCCAAUUCAUAGAACACAGUAAGUCAAUCACUUUACAGGGGACGAGCUCACGAUCUUUGUUGCUCAUCUGUAUUUCCGUUGAUUGCGAUUGACACCUUAAAAAUUCUGGGACGUUUAUAUGACUAGUUUAUAUGGGGCGGGGAGAGUGUCCUUUUUCUCACUUACUCCCACAGGCACGUUCCUCGUUUCCGCGUUCGCAACACACUGCGCGAUAAUCUCGAGGAACUGCUAGCAGUCUACUGAUAGGUUUUGUCCUCUACAGCUUCCCUAACGAUUCUGUUGUGUCCUUAGUUCAUGAAAGGUAGUGUAAUUUUGGAUCGUAAUAUAAAGGCAAAUAGUUUGACUGUCAUCUGCACAUGAGUGAGGAUGAAAUAAUAAUUUAUGAAGUAUUUUUAUAGCACAGAACAUAAUGACGUUAUUUUUUUUAAUGUGACAGC